CGUACGUAGCGUUAAGCUGGAGCAGUCUCGGUGCCGGCCGCCAUUUUGUGCAGUCGCCGGGAAGGAAGGAGACGCCUAACCCGCGGUAUCGCCGGGUUUGAGCGUAGCCAAACCUACCCACUAACUUUAUAAUCCCGAUUCUCUGUGUUUUGCUCCCGUCUCCGACGAGAGAGGCGGCGACGGUGGCGUCUGCGACGGGAGACAGCGCGUCGGAGCGAGAGAGCGCCGCGCCUGCCGCCGCCCCAACAGCGGAGGCGCCGCCGCCAUCGGUCGUCACCAGACCGGAGCCGCAGGCCCUCCCGAGCGCGGCCAUCCGUGCCCCGCUCCCAGAUCUUUACCCAUUUGGGACCAUGCGCGGAGGCGGCUUUGGGGACCGGGACCGGGAUCGUGACCGUGGAGGAUUUGGAGCAAGAGGUGGUGGUGGCCUUCCUCCGAAGAAAUUUGGUAAUCCUGGGGAGCGUUUGCGUAAAAAGAAGUGGGAUUUGAGUGAGCUCCCCAAGUUUGAGAAGAAUUUUUAUGUGGAACAUCCAGAAGUGGCACGGCUGACUCCAUAUGAGGUUGAUGAACUACGUCGUAAGAAGGAGAUAACAGUGAGAGGGGGAGAUGUUUGUCCUAAACCUGUGUUUGCCUUCCAUCAUGCUAACUUCCCACAGUAUGUAAUGGACGUAUUGAUGGAUCAGCACUUCACAGAACCAACUCCAAUUCAGUGCCAGGGAUUUCCAUUGGCUCUUAGUGGCCGGGAUAUGGUGGGCAUUGCUCAGACCGGCUCUGGGAAGACACUGGCGUAUUUGCUGCCUGCAAUUGUUCAUAUUAACCACCAGCCAUACUUGGAAAGGGGAGAUGGUCCAAUCUGUCUGGUCCUGGCUCCUACUAGAGAGCUUGCCCAACAAGUACAGCAGGUGGCUGAUGACUAUGGCAAAUGUUCCAGAUUGAAGAGUACUUGCAUUUAUGGAGGUGCUCCUAAAGGUCCCCAGAUUCGAGACUUGGAGAGAGGUGUUGAGAUCUGUAUAGCUACUCCUGGGCGCCUGAUAGAUUUCUUGGAGUCGGGAAAGACAAAUCUUCGCCGAUGUACCUACCUUGUACUGGAUGAGGCUGACAGAAUGCUUGAUAUGGGUUUUGAACCCCAGAUUCGUAAAAUUGUUGACCAAAUCAGGCCUGAUAGGCAGACACUGAUGUGGAGUGCAACCUGGCCAAAAGAAGUAAGACAGCUUGCAGAGGACUUCCUUCGUGAUUACACCCAGAUCAAUGUAGGCAAUCUGGAGUUGAGUGCCAACCACAACAUCCUCCAGAUUGUGGAUGUCUGCAUGGAAAGUGAAAAAGACCACAAAUUGAUCCAACUCAUGGAGGAAAUAAUGGCUGAAAAGGAAAAUAAGACAAUAAUAUUUGUAGAGACGAAGAGACGCUGUGAUGACCUCACUCGAAGGAUGCGCAGAGAUGGUUGGCCAGCUAUGUGUAUCCAUGGAGACAAGAGUCAACCAGAGAGAGAUUGGGUACUUAAUGAGUUCCGUUCUGGAAAGGCUCCCAUCCUCAUUGCCACAGACGUAGCCUCCCGUGGGCUAGAUGUGGAAGAUGUCAAGUUUGUGAUCAACUAUGACUAUCCAAACAGCUCAGAAGAUUAUGUGCACCGCAUUGGCCGAACGGCCCGUAGUACCAAUAAGGGCACUGCCUACACCUUCUUCACCCCGGGAAACCUAAAGCAAGCCAGAGAGUUGAUCAAAGUGCUGGAAGAAGCUAAUCAGGCUAUUAAUCCAAAACUGAUGCAGCUGGUGGACCACAGAGGAGGCGGCGGAGGAGGGGGUAAGGGAGGUCGUUCUCGAUACCGGACCACUUCUUCAGCCAACAAUCCCAAUCUCAUGUAUCAGGAUGAGUGUGACCGGAGGCUUCGAGGAGUCAAGGAUGGCGGCCGGAGAGACUCUGCAAGCUAUCGGGAUCGUAGUGAAACCGAUAGAGCUGGUUAUGCUAAUGGCAGUGGCUAUGGAAGUCCAAAUUCUGCCUUUGGAGCACAAGCUGGCCAAUACACCUAUGGUCAAGGCACCUAUGGGGCAGCUGCUUAUGGCACCAGUGGCUAUACAGCCCAAGAAUAUGGCGCUGGCACUUAUGGGGCUAGUAGCACCACCUCAACUGGGAGAAGUUCACAGAGCUCUAGCCAGCAGUUUAGUGGGAUAGGCCGAUCUGGGCAGCAACCACAGCCACUGAUGUCACAACAGUUUGCACAGCCUCCGGGAGCUACCAAUAUGAUAGGUUACAUGGGGCAGACUGCCUACCAAUACCCCCCUCCCCCUCCUCCCCCUCCUCCUUCACGUAAAUGAAACCACUCAAGUGGUAGUGACUUGUGCAGACAUUACAUUUAAAGGAACGCUGUCUUUCCCUUUUUUUUUCUUUCUGUUUUCUUUCUUUUUUUAUUUUUCUCCCCUAGCCAUUGUGGUUUGUGUUUCUUGGAGAUAGUUAGAAUUCACUGCCAGGUUUCUUCUGCCCGCCAAAUUGAUCCCAGUCAGUAAUAACAGAUUUUGUAAAGAUAUAUAUGGCUGACUGGAAGAGAUUCCCCCCUCCCUGCCCCCAACUUAUUGCAUGUGGAGGAUGUUUGAGCUAUUUUUCAUCUUAAAAGAAAAAGCAAGGUAUUAGGCCCUUUUGUGGGAACCCUUUUUUGUUGUCCUGAGUUGGGGGUGGGUGGGGGAGGGUAGAGGGUUAAAUCUGCAGAAGAAGAUGGCAUCUGUGCUUUAAACUGCUCUCAUUGCCGAGUUAGAGAACCGGAGGGAGCUCCCAGUACAUUUUCCAUAAUGCUUUUUAAUGUUUCUCAAGCUGGAACAGGGUUCCUCAGACUUGAUGAGUUUUUGAGACAGUGCUUUGGCAUUGUCAUUUUGGUUGAUUGCUUGUUAAGUGCAUUCAACAGUUUUAAAAAAUUCCUAAUUGGUUUUGUCUCCUUUACACUCUGCCUUCCCCCUUCCCAAUUACUGAAAAUUAACCAUUUUAGUGUCAGGUUAGAAAUUGAAUGGCCGAGUCCAAGUUUAAGUGUAUCUUUUAAAUUAAAAACCCAAGUGUUUAUUGAAAUGGUUAACGUAGCAUGUCAGCAUCUGGUUGGAAGCUGCCUUCCCCCCCGGCCCGCCCCCCCAUAUAAACAGGGACCAUCUGUGAAAUUCAUUUUCCAGCCAGACAGCUGCUGUGGGCAGAAUGAGUAUAAAUAUAAAUGCUCACUGGAAAUGUUAUUAACCAGUUAAGUAUGUAUUUCACCUGCAGUGUAAAAACCACCUUUAAUUCUAAACCGUAUACUCAAUGGGCAGAUUUUUUUUUUAAACUUAGUAGAGCUAGAAUAAAAGCAGCUCUUCGCAAGCUCCUCAUCCCUUUUAGCCAAGUUACCUUGAAUAAAGAAUUUCAAGGGUUUAUUGAGAGAGGUUUAUUCAUACUGUGUUCUCUGCAGUGCUUUGUAACAGCUUUUGGAUGCAAAUUUCCCUCAGCGUCCAUUUGCACUCAGUUUUGCAGGUAGUGCUUAAGAAAAGUUAUACAGAGGACUAAGAUCUAAGUCCUUUUAUUUUUCCUCCAUCUAAAGGUAGGUGAGUCCAUCCCCUUUGUAGUGAUAACUGUUUUACCAAGGCUUCUUGGAACAGAUAGGCCUGGAAAGAAUCUUCUCUUGUGUUUACUGUAACAGGACAGGAAGAUCAGACAGCCCCAGAAACCUCUUCCAUAUCUAGCAUGAGACUCUCUAGUGCUGUCAUCGGUAUUACUUACUCACAAUGUACUGAAAGGAGGAAAGAAGGCUCCACUGCAUUCUUUGGCUAAGGCCCGAGAGUGCUUACUGGUUUGUAAGAUACAGAUAUCUAAAUACUUGAGGUUUUUGUUUUCCUUUUUAAAUUCUUCAGGGAGAGAGAAGGGAUUGUUUCUGAGGGAUUCUGAAAGUUGGUUGAAUAUGCAACACAGGUAGGUUGUCAGCAUAAGCUGAAAUAUAUGCAUGUAAGAACUUUGACACCUUCCCCCCGCCCCACUUUCUUCCUUAACUUUUUUUUAUCCUCCCCCCUCCGCCCCCCCAUAGAAGUUUAGGCCGAGGGAGGGUAGCAGGCACAGGAAAGACGUGGCAAAAUUGAUCUGUGCUUUCAAACCAAAGUGUCCGCCGCCCCUUCCCCCUGAAAUUGUCUAAGCACUAACCUGUCCAUUGUAGACGGCGCUACACCAAAAUUUUUUGUUUUUUUUUUGUUUUUUUAACAGGUGCCACCAGAGGGGGUGUCCUGCUCUUGCAGGUCUUACAGGCAUCCUUUUUGUGGGGAAAAGUCUCUGGGCAAGCAAGCGUUGUUUUUGUUUUGUUUUGUUUUGGUCUGCUGCUUGCUUCUUUUUUCCACCAGGGGUAUGGUGUUGUAAUCAGUCAAAAUAACAGCAUAUUCCAAAUCUCAGGCUGCUGUGGACUGAACACAGCUAGAAUCUAGCAGAGUUUUUCCUACAGCUCUAACUCUUCUGCCUCCCUGUUUGUCACUCAAUUCAGGUUCUGCCUUUGCUUCAGAACAUGAGCAGAAGAGAUCUCAUUUGAGGCUAGGUAUUGCCAUCAUGGUUGAGACUCAUUUAAAGAAAAGAUUUCAGUAUUGAGCUAUGGGGUGCUUCUCCCCAAUCCCUAACAGUUCAUGUGUGGACUUCUCUCAUCUAAAAGGUUGGUGGCUUUUGCUUGGGAUCAGUGCUCUCUAUUCAUGUCCUUGCUGGUCUCUGAACACAUUCCUGUUGCGUUAAGACUUGAAAGAUUUGUAGGUGUGUGAUGUUCAGGCACAGGAUGCUAAAAGCUAUGUUGCUAUUCUUAGUAUGUAAAUUGUCCUUUUGAUACCAUCUUGUUUUCUUUUGUAGGUAUAAAUAAAACACUUGACAAUAAA